AUGGCACCCCCAAGCUACCUCUUCAAAGUCCAGCUGCGAGACAUCUCAAGCCCUGAAAUAUACCGAGUCCUUCGAGUCCCAGCGAACACAACCUUCCACCGCCUACACAAGAUCCUCCAAACCACCUUCGGCUGGGAGGACGCGCACAUGUACGAGUUCCAGCUCUUCGACGCCGCAUCACGCGACUACAGGCCAAAGGAAUACCUCGUAGAGCAUCCCGUAGAUAUGGACACGGGCAUGGCGGCUGCCAUGGGAGAACCAGAGCCAAUCUACGGGAGCAGUAGAUCUCGGAAGAUAUCUGGUGUGUUUGGUGGUACUCAUCGACUUUGGCGAGGUACUCAAGUCCGGAUGGUGUAUGAGUAUGAUAUGGGUGAUGGAUGGGAGCAUGAGGUUGAGUUAGUGGGUACAUAUGAUGAGGAUAUCGAGCCUCCUGAGCUGCUCUGCCUUGCCGGCAGUGGACAUCCGUGUCAGGAGGAUUGUGGAGGUCCUUUUGGAUGGGAACGGCUUAGAGAGACGUUGGUCGCUCGGAAUGAUUUUGAUCCUGAGGAGUGGGAUAUUGAUGCUGUGAAUGAGAAACUUGUACGAAUGCGUUAG